UUUUUCAGGGGAAUUGCCUCCGACAGAAGUUCCAAAAAGCAGCCUCUUCCUCCAAAAAGCCAAACCUUCUCUUUUUUUUCCUCAAAUUCCAUCCCAAUGCAAGUGCGUGUUCUUCUGUCUUAAGAAUCUAAUUCUCUCUGUGGUUUCUCUCUCUCUGUCUCUCUCUCUCUCUCCAUAUCUUGUAUAAGGCUAUGGGUUGAUGUUUACUGCGACCAUCCUUGAAGCUAUGGUUGAAACCAUGGUCAGGAUCGACGAUGACGAUCAUCUUCUCCCUAGGGUUUCUGUAGAAAGGCCUCGCCGAUCUACUACGUUGACAUUGUCUCCUUUGUUGAUCAUCGAUGGCUUAUCUAGGAAAAACUCUUCCUAUUGUAAACUUCCUGACGAACCUAUCAACCUCUCUGUUCUCAAACUCGAUGGCUCUUCUUUCGAUGUUAAAGUUACAAAGACAGCCACCGUUGCAGAACUCAAGCUGGCGGUGGAAGCAGUCUUUAGUCAUAUGCCGCAGAAGGGACCUGGAAAAAUUUCUUGGCCACACGUGUGGGGACAUUUCUGCUUGUGCUACUAUGGUCGUAAGCUAGUCCAUGAAAAUGAAUGCAUCAGAAACUAUGGCAUCAAGGAUGGUGAUCAGCUUCAUUUUGCAAGGCAUAUCUCAGCCAGCUAUACGCUGAUGAAAAGGGAAUCCAAGAAAGAAAAUAUUGCUUUGAAAGAACAAAGAAUGUCAAGAUCACCAGCAUCUAUUGUACGUGAAGACGAAGUAAAAGUUGAUAUGGAAUACUACUAUGGUGAAGACAUAGAAAAUGGAAAGUUCCUGCAUUAUGAUAACGAAGGUUUUACCGAACAGCGCGAAACCCGAUUAACUCACUUGAUAGGAAGAUGGUUUCCAUGUUCUGGCUUGGCAGCUGUGGGGAAAAGAAGAAUCGAAGAUCUUCAAUUAAAUUUUCUACUUUGGAUAUUCUUUUAACUAAAAGAACUGAUUCAUCCAGAAUUACCAACUGUUAGAGAGCUCAACAAUUGACAUUCUGAUCUGCGGCGGCUGAUGAUGGCUUUGGACUUGUCUGAAGAAAAUGUUGAAGAUAAAAGACUGAUGACCAUAGCUGCUGGAGAGUAAUCAUUUGGAUUGCCAUGAGAGGGGGAGAGAGAGAAAUGAGAGUGCCCGACUGUAAAAUAGAAAUAGUUGUACAUAUGAAAAGGAAAAUAUAGACUUUUCAAUUUUUGGUUUUCAAAUUUUUUUCGUUUUUCCAAAAUAAUGUGGGAAUAGCCUUGUCGAUGUACAUUCAAAUCGAAAUUUGAACCAAAACUAAAUUAAAGGUGUACAUUUUAAUAAUUUUACAUUGGAUGAAACAUACAAAUAUAAUA